GUUAAACUGGUUUAAAAUUAAAAAACACAAUCUUUUUGACAAAAAACGAAGUUGAAAUGGUACGGCUAAAUAUAUAUAUGCUAGUUAAGACCUGCUAAGUCGUAACUAUGGAUGCUCUUUUGUUUUUGAAUAUUUGAGAAAUGGUUGUUUUCUCUAUAUUUAGCUCAGUAACCAUUUCUCUUUCACUGCGGUAUGGAUUUAAUCAAGUCGAACCUUAACUUUACGAAUUUCUUGUGGAUUUGUGGUUUGCAAUGACUAAUAUGUCACGAUAUAGUAACGUUGUGAUCGAUACGGUACGGUUCGAGAUGUGAUCGAAAAAAAUUGACUCAAUCAAAAUAGUUGUUACUACACAAAUUGUUUACGCUGUAUUGAUAAUCCAUUUUGUGUAUGUACGUUACAACAAUACUCAUACUACAGUUUAAUUAUUUCUGAUGUCGGGGAAAAAACUAUAUGCCAGCCUUCUAGCCGAAAUGCGAAGUCGCUGUCAUCCAAAACAAAAGGACGAAUUCAUGAAGUUUCUCAAAAUGCAUGAUGGUUAUAAACAACGUGUAGAUAGGUUUCCUGAGUUUUUGCCAAAAAUUGACUGGGAUUACUUUCGUCGAAAUGUACGCAAGAGCCAGAUUCCCAUGGUUGACGACUUCGAAAAGCAGUACGUGGAAUUAAACAAAAUGUUCAAUAGCCGCCAUGAAUUAGACACAAGUCGUUAUUACGAAAGUCUUAAAAAACAAGAAGAGGAAGUUCAGCAAGAGAUUUGCAAAUUUAAAGAAGAAUCAGAUAAGCGCAUUAAGGGUAUAGAGGAUGAACAUAAACGCAUAAGUAAUUUGAAACCCUACAGAGAUAUGACUAUGGAAGAAUUUCAAAUAGCACGCCCAGACUAUCCUAUAUUUAUUACUUCAGAUGGACGUCCUAGUUUUUGGCCGCAUACGAAAGAAGAACAAUCACUCGAACCACCUGAGACACAUAUAGCAGAUGAUGAUGCAAAACAGGAAAAGCAAAAACCACAAGACCCUGAUUCAUCUGAUCCUUCUAAAAAAGUUCCACCCAAAAAAGCAGAUAAGCCUGCAGAUCCAUCGAAACCAACGUCUUCGGUGCUGCAUGGUAGUGAGUGUAACUGUCCGAAAUGCACCGCUAAAAGGAAAUUGAGACUAGUUAAGGAUGAACAGCAACCUGCAAAAACUUCGAAAACUGUAGCACCAAAGGAACAGACAGAUACCAAGAAAGCACCUACACCAGAAAACGUUAAACCCAAUCCUGCAAAGACCUCGAGAGAGGAAGCGGCUAAGAAGUUAAGACUAAUAAAGACGGACGAGAAGGAUGACAAAAAGUCAGAUGAUGAGAAAACCAAAAAGGAUGAAACUGCAAAGAAACCCGAUAAUGACGGAGAUGAUAAGAAACCCAAAUAAUAUAUAUUUUGUUAAUGUUU